GCGCCUUCAGUCGGCGUCCGUCGAGCGCCGCGUUGCGCCGAGCCGCCGGCGAGCGGGCGUCGCCCCUCCCUCGCGGCCCGCGCCCCGCCGUACCGCCCGCCUCCUCCAAUCUCGAGCACUUGCCGGCAAACUCGAACGACCUCUUUUCGCUAACUAACGUCGCACCGUGUCUGAUUCCCGCCGCGAAACUGCGCUCGAUUUCUACGCUACCGUACGACAUACGAGAUUUUACUGAAAACAAAAAAAAAAAUCAAUUGAUUGCAAUUAUUGAAAAUUAUCAACAGUUUUUGAAGUUACAAAACUUUUUUUUUCCAAAAUAAACUAUUAAAACUUGGUAAAAGUUAGGUCCUCGUAAUGUUUUGGAAAAAAUACAUGGUUGUUUAUUGAGUUGAAAGUAGAGGAAAGAGUAAUAGCAUGGUGAUGUUGGUGCGCGCGCGGCGAGGAUGGUCGGGCUCGGUAGAUGCGAGAGCGCCGGCGGGCGCGUAGGUUACCGGAGCCAUGGAUUGCUGCAACUACAGCGAGUACCGCGCGCACGGACAAUACGGCGCGGGCGCCGGCUGGGAGGGCUACGUCGGCUACGCGCCCGUGCCAUACGCGCCCUAUGCGCAUGGCUACUAUGCACCGCAUGCGCAUGAUCCAUACGCACGGUACUAUCGAUAUGACUAUCCUGGACAUCAUAUGCAUCAUGCUGAACAUGUCAUGCCUAUGGAUUAUGGUGUGUACGCAUCUAAAGAGGCACGCGUGCGACGUGCUUUAGCGCGACGAGAGCAACGCGCCGUCGCUCAUACAACGCAUAUGCCGCUCACAUCAGCUCCCUCUUCAGAAUGCGGUAUGAACAACCGAGGUUCCGCAUAUUGCGAACCGCAUAUGUGGACUCCAUAUCAGACUGGCUUCAGUGCUGGAGGGUGGAACGGCGCUAGUGCAGUUAACGGAGGACUGUGGCCAUCUCGAGGAUCAUGUUCGCGUGACGUCAUGCGCUAUACACCAGACUGCAGGCCAGUUAAGGGUCCUCAUAUGAAUGUUCAAAACUACUUAUCCCAGGAUGGUCGAUCGGCGACGCCUUAUCAUAUGUAUGGCGACUCUUCGUUUAAUGGAGAAAGCGGUGCUAGACAUGGAAACUCAACAGACUACACCGUGUCUGAGACGCGUGCAGAAAUGGUUCGGUCAGAACGCGAACGUUUGCACACUGAAACAAGGCGAUCUCCCCCAGAAGAGAAACGUCCACCGCUGGUACCAUUACCGGCAUUUCAACAAGCAUUUGGCUCCACCGAAAUAGGAAAGUUUGCCGAGGCAUUUAGUCGUGCUGAAAUCGCACUGGACGAUGUUCCCGGUGAUAACUUUUCUUACGAUUCAUUUCAAGAGUGGGAUGGUCCGCUGGAGCCCCACUGGUCUUCUCAACCAACCUCACGCGAGAUUAAAUGUGAAGAAAAUUAUUAAAUCGUCGUCUUCGUCCUAGCUAAAUUUUAGAAAUAUUUGCCCGUUAGUUAAUUAGACAAUUUUAGUUCCACCACGUUGUUGCCAAAAAAUGUAGGGAGGAAGGUUUCGGAAUAGGUUUUAAAGAUGGGAGCUAAUGAAUUUUACAAGAAAUGAUCAAUCUAAUAGUGGUGUGACGUAUCUAAGUUAAUACAUGCCUAUUUAUAAUUCAUAAUAUAAAAGUAGAAAAAAAUAUUUAAGAAUUCCCUUUAACUAGUUUUAGGUUGAAUUAAUGAUAACAAAAAUCGUUGGGGACGUUAAAGAGAAGUGCUAAGUACUGCAUAAUAUAAUAUUAUAAUGUUAGUUUAACAUAGUAAAUCAUGACUCAAUGUGCCUUUAUUCGGAAAUACCUACCGGAAAUCGCGCGGCACUCCGCCCUUCUCUGAUUGCAAAUUGAUAUCUAGCGAAAAUCCAAUAGCAAUUAUAGGGACCAACGUUUAGAAAAUUAUACACGAUUCUCUCACAUAUUCGAAUGCAUAAAGGUCGGUUUUUGCUUAACCAAAACUACUUUUAAGGUUUAAUCUCACGUUUUUUUAUUGUCAUCGUAUUAUUUCCGACGUUUUGAAUACCACAAUAUUAUCUAUCUUACAGUUUUCGUGGUCACGGAAGACCUAUGGACUGGGAACUAAUAUAAUGACAAUAAAAAACGUCAAAUUAAAACUUAAAGUACUUUUAUAUAUACGGACUCAAGAAAACAGAAGAAAACACAUUUUUUUUACAUUUAGAAUAAUAUACCAGCACGAAUAUAGUGGAAAAGUUCUAAAAGUAAUGUAAACAAACAACAUACAUUUUGGGGAAACUAUAGUUGUACAAUAUAACAAGCUGAUUUGUGAACACAAGAAAUACCUUGGAAGCGCUAUGAUACUUUCAUUACCAUUUUUCAGUACAGAGGGAGACUUUUCGCUCAAAGCGACAAUUAAACUUUCAUGUCUACGUCAUUGAGUGCAUAAUGGGGUAAGAGGUGCCGCGCAAUACUAAAAUAUAUCGAUAAUAAUAUUAACAUUCGAAAAUUUUCAGGAACUAAUUGAGACAGUCAUGUAAGUAGGUGUUAGAUAGUUAAAUUUGAUAAACAUUUUAAAGAGAUUACUUAUUGAUAAAAAUGCUUUUUAAUAUAAAAUUUAGGGUCCAACAGUAUAAAUGAUGAUUUUAAUUGUUUGUUACAAUUAACAUAAAAACUUGGAUAAAGGGUGUGGAACCUUUAACAGAUUUAUCAAAUAUAUGACCCUUUUCUUUUCCAAGAAUAUUUUACAAACUGAAAAUAAACACGAAAUAUGUUUAUUUACUGCGUUUCUUGUAUGUUACGUCUUAAGAUAGAAAGGUACAUGAAUUUUUAUUAUUUUGGGUUGUAAUUGAGCUUUGAGAACUUAUACCUAAUACGACAAAUAUGAAAAUGGCCUUGUCGAAAUAAUAAUUCUAUAGUAAAAUAAAAUAUAUUUGAUUGAAUUUUGAAAAUAUGAUGUUAAAGUACAAAUAAGUAGAUAAAUUAAAUCUGAUUAAAAAGAUUAUCUCAGAUGCCUACUUCACAAUGCACUUGUUUCAAUAUUUCUAGUUUGGAGCACACCCUUGAAUAAUUUUUGAUAUUUAUUUCCAAUGAACAUUUUGAUACACCACUCUCACGUUUAUGGUCUGAUAGAGCAGAUUGAACAUUUUUUGCUAUUAAAAUAAAGCGGUGCAAUAAUAACAAUAACUUCCAGUCGUCUUCGUUUUAAUAUAGAAAAGAACUAUCAUGCAUCUAUAUUUACAGCUUCUUUCGAAAAGCCAGCAAAAAAAUUGGAGUGCCUUACGUAUUUAAUAUGAUAUGAAAUUAGGAUGGAUGAAUUUUAUUCUAGUAUAAUUCAAUGAAACACCAUAUAAUUGUAGCAUAAUUGAAAACUCUUUUCAAUGAAAUUCAUUGUUUAGGUACGGUAAUGAUUAGAACGAAGGUAAUUUAAUCAUGAUUAUGUCUAUAUUAAAAAAAUAUAUAAAUGAAAAUAAGAUAUACAUCGCUUUAUCAAUGUGUUAAUUACGUAUAUGCACUAUUAAUUGAUAUUUGGAAAUCAAUAUCACAUUUUUCGAAAUUAAAUGUCCAUUGGGUAAAUGAAUGUACCUACUAAAUUGAGCAAGUUUGAAAUUGUGUUGUAAGAAAUAACUUUAUGUUAUAUGUUUUUUUUAUAGAAAGAAAAGUAAAACUUAAGAAGAAUUCCAUAAUAUGUAAAUUUACUGCAUUUGAGUAUGUUUGUCGAUGUUGGUAAUACAUAACAAAUGUAGUCUGUGCCACAUAAUUAUGUAUAUACAAUAUACAUCUAAUUAGAUAGAACUAUUGUUAUAGUAUUAUGAUGGUAAUAAAUUUUACUGUAGACGGAUGAAUAUCCAUAAUUAAUAUUUACAUAAACAAUUUAGGUGUUCACAUAUAGAGCUUCCCGAAAUAACCCUCCUAUUAUUUGUCUACCACUCAGUAAUCGAAACAAAAAACAAUAAGUAAAUUGUUCCACGGCAAUCAAUGUGAAGAUAAUUUUUCCAAUUUUUUAAACUUUAUCUCUUUUAAGCAAUUUUAUUAUCUUCAUUAUCGUAAUAAUGAAUUUGUAGAUUUUAUGUAAGCGAAAAAUCGAGCGUUUUUUAAAUAGUGGGCAUCUGGCCACUAUUCUCUUAUAUUUUAGUAUAAGUUAAGAGGAUUGUUCUCUUUAAAAUUAAUGAAUGUACUAUGAGUGAAUAGUUUUUUUUUUUUCUAGAAAUGAGUUCCCAAUUUAGAUUUGUUAAAUAAAUAUUUGGCCAACAAAAUUUAGUGUAUAAGUUAUUAAUUAAAAUUGUUGAACCGAUAAAUUAUUAAAUUAACUAAUUGAAACUUAUUAUGUACCUAUCUAGUUCUAAUUAAUUAAUUAUUAGUAAACCUGUAAAUACAUAAUAUAUUUUGAAUGUUUCACUCAUAUCAAUCUAGAGAAACUGUCUUAUUAGCAAAUUGUAAGAUUUGAAUCCGAAACACUGAAAUGUUUGGUUUAUUCAAAUGAAUGUACGAUUUAAUUAAAUACAUG